AUGCCAUUGCAGAUUGUCCACGGUGAUCUACCACACACAUCCAUCGUGCAUCAUGCUCCCGGAUGGACGCUCUUCAGAAAUCUGUACAUGUCUGACGGCACCCUAUUCCUUCUCUCUUCGAAUCGCUCCUUCCCCGAGUUCCGUCUAAUGACCAGCUCUGGCGUGCCCAUGAAGAACACGCCAGAAAAUGCAGCGUUAAGCGAGCCAACAUCCCAGCACAUGAAUUACAUUACUCCUUUAGAGGCUCAGCAACGUUGGGGAGGAGCGACAAAAAAUCGCGUAUCAACUGUGGAAGGCAAUACGCUUCUCGUAAACGAAUCGAGUCAAUUCCUGGGACACUUCUAUCACCUAGUCGCUGAGCUCUUUUUCGGCGUACAAGCCUUCUGGCACGGGGCCUUCUCGGUAGCUUCCGCUGCUAAUACUAAUUCUGCGAAAUUCACCCAUCCCGCUCCGCCCACAUUGGACCGUGUUAUAUUUGCCAAUAGUGAUGGGAAUGGGUGGCGUGACUACUCUGGAUUCAACGCGUACUUUAUGCGCGCAGCGUUCCCCUCGCUUGCCAUUGAAGAUAAGCAGGAGUGGGAGGAUCGAAUAGCAGCUACCUCGGGAUCGUCUGUUGAUCGUGCAUGGCAUUUCCCGCUUGUUCUCCUCACUGAUCGGAGUGCUUCCCAUCGCGGUGCGCUGUGCGGAAGUCAGACUCAACGGAUUGCAUCCGAGGCCUGGCAAUACAUGCGCGAGCGCUCUCGGCUCAUGGGGAUCAAGGUCGGUGGGUGGUGGGAGCCCGUUCGUGCGUCUGUGUUGAAGUUCGCUGGUCUGGACGUCGUCAGGCGGGACGAGGACGACCUCCCGAUGCCGGAUAAGGUCGUCAUCACGUAUAUCAGCCGGCAGGGUACAUCGAGGAGGAGGCUCACGGAUGAGGCGCAUGACUCGUUGGUAACGGCUCUGCAAGAAUUGGUUGAGAGGAAGAAGGAAGAAGGCUGGGAACUCAAUGUGAUACAGGCUGAGCGCAUGUCGAGGGAUGCUCAGCUACAUGUUGCGGCCCGGACGACGAUCCUCCUUGGAGUGCAUGGAAAUGGACUGACGCAUCUUCUAUUCAUGCCCCCUACGAGGGUGUCCACGGUCAUUGAGAUCUUCUAUCCUGGGGGAUUUGCACACGAUUACCACUGGACGACGCGAGCGCUCGGAAUGUCGCAUGUCGCGGUGUGGAAUGAUACUUUUUACACGCAUCCGAGCGAGCCUGAUAUUGACUACCCCGAAGGAUUUCAAGGGGACUAUAUUCCGGUCCAUGGACCAACAGUCGCCAAGAUAGUUGAGGGCCGCAUUGCAGAGAGAUUUUGA